CCUACUUUAAAUGUUACAGUAUCCGAUGAAUGUCUGAACAUUUUUCAAAGUUUAAAGUUACAUAAGAUGUACAAAUAUAUUUUGUACAAAUUUUCUGAGGAUAAAAAAUAUUUCGUUAUUGACAAGGCAGUGGAAACGACAGAGUCCGACGAAGAUGACGGAACUAGUUAUAAAGAAUCUUAUGAGAAAUUUUAUGCCGAAAUUACUGGAAAAAAUGUUCCUUAUUUCGCUAUUUAUGAUUUUGAUUAUGAAAAACUUGGUGAAGGUCUUCGAAAUAAAAUCAUAUUUAUUUCUUGGAUUCCUACUAAUGCCGAUAUCCAAGAUAAAGUCCUAUCUGCUGCAAGUAAACAAGUAUUAGGAACAAAACUUGAUGUUUCAUUUCAAAUUGAAGGCACAGAAGCCAAUGACAUUAAGUUUGAAGCGGCGUUUACAUCGAUGUGGGUUUUAGCAAUAUUAAUUCAUGAAAAAAAAACUUCAUCUGAAGUACUUUAG